UGUAUUCAACCUUGUUUAUGUGUUCUUUAAGUAUUUUGUGCGUGUAAUCGAUCCAGGUUGCUUGCCUUUUCCAUUCGAAGUACAAGUCGAGCCAUUCAAGCACCUACAAAAAGAAUGGUAAAUCUGCUGCGAUUCAGUAUGGAACUGGAUCUAUCUCCGGGUUUUUCAGCGAAGAUAAUGUUCAGAUUGGUGACCUUACUGUAAAAGAUCAGGAAUUUAUUGAAGCUACCAAAGAACCCGGCAUCACAUUCUUGGCAGCUAAGUUUGAUGGCAUUCUCGGACUUGGAUUCCAGGAAAUUUCUGUUGGCAAUGCCGUUCCUGUCUGGUACAACAUGGUGAAUCAAGGCCUUGUGAAGGACCCGGUUUUCUCAUUUUGGUUUAAUCGUGGUGGUAACGAAGAAGAUGGCGGUGAGCUCGUUUUUGGUGGCGUCGAUCCUAACCAUUUCAAGGGCGAGCACACCUAUGUUCCCGUCACUCAGAAGGGUUAUUGGCAGUUCGACAUGGGCGACGUUCUCAUUGGUGGGGAAUCAACAGGAUUUUGCGCUGGCGGAUGCUCGGCCAUCGCAGAUUCUGGAACUUCAUUGCUGACUGGACCGACUACUGUGAUCACUCUCAUUAAUCAUGAAAUCGGAGCUUCCGGGGUUGUAAGCCAGGAAUGCAAGUCUGUCGUUUCUGUUUAUGGACAAACCAUAUUGGAAAUGUUGUUGUCUGAGGAUGAACCUAAGAAGAUCUGCUCCCAGGUUGGUCUGUGCUCCUUCGAUGGCACUCGAGAUGUUAGUAUGCUUAUCGAGAGUGUGGUGGACAAGGAAAGUAACAGCGAAUCACACGGCCUCGGUGAUGAAAUGUGCUCGGUUUGUGAAAUGGCAGUCGUGUGGAUGCAAAAUCAACUCAAACGGAACCAAACACAAGAGAUGAUUCUGGACUAUAUUAAUCAGCUCUGUGAUCGGCUUCCCAGCCCGAUGGGUGAAUCAUCUGUCGACUGCAAUGCUCUUUCUUCGAUGCCCAAUGUUUCCUUUACCAUUGGUGGCAAAAAAUUUGCUCUCACCCCGGAACAGGUUCGAUACAUCCCCGGUUGGUUUCGCUGA